AUGCCAAGAGCACCAAGAGCAUACAUUGGCAGAAGAACUUCCAAUGCUACUCGAAUGUUUAACAGAAUGUAUAACACACCAGAAUGUUCUCAAACACUUGCACAGGAGCAACGUAACGCUUUGAGUAUGAAAUCAGCGUUUAAUUAUCAAUCCGAGAUUGAUUAUUUAAAUAUUAAAGCGCUUCAAAUAGGACCAAUGACGAUAUUAUGUCCUAAGUGCCAUUCAAAAAAAUGGAAAGAUGAAACCAAUGGACUUUGCUGUGCUGACGGUAAAGUUGUUUUACAACAAUUUGAGUAUCUUCCAGAAUCAAUUAAAAGUUUAAUUGAUAAUUCUCACCCUCUAUCAAAACAUUUCUUUGAUAAUUCUAGACGGUAUAAUACUCUGUUUCAAAUGACAUCGUUUGGAGCAAACAAAAUAGCUGAAGGGAACUUCAUGCCCACUUUUAAAAUUCAGGGUCAAGUGCAUCAUUUAGUAGGUAGUUUAUUACCGGAAAUUGGAAAUAAUGCUAAAUUUUUACAAAUAUAUUUUCUGUCAGAGUCGGAUCAAAUAUCUAUUCGAACAAAUAUGAUUCCAAAUUUAAAAAGAGGUCUCAUUGAAUCAUUGCAAACAGUCUUGCGUGAAAAUAAUCACCUUAUACAGAGCUUCAGAUCUAAUAUAGAGUCGAGAUCCUUUGAUGAAUUGCAAAACUUUAAGUUAAUUAUUAAUGUCAUGUUGGUCAUGACAUGA